AUGGACGCAACAUUAAAUGAAUUAUUAUCGCAACACCGUGCAUUCGAUUUACCAAAAAUUUUCACUAUAUUUCAUUAUGUUUUAAAGGAAAAACGUUUUUUGAUUGAAAAUGGUGAUAAUAAAGGUGAAAUUGAUUGGCACAUGUACCAUGAUGUUGAUAAAUUAGAAUUCUUCUACAAAAGAAAUAAUUGUGUACUUCAUUCAAUAUUCUUAAAAUUAGCUGAUCGUUGUGUUAUGGAUCUAACAGCUGGCGGUGUUCGUUCUUAUUCAUUUGAUGUCAUCAAUGACGUAUAUCUUGACCAGAAUGGAGCAUUAAUAAAUGGUCAUAUUCGUCGUUUAGAACAAUUUAUCGAACGGCGAAUAAAUGAUUAUUUAAGAAUCGUUAGUGCCGCUGUAGUACAACAACAAUUACGUGUUCAACAUCAUAAUAACAAUCAUGGUUAUGAUCAAUAUCAAUAUCGUCAACAACGUCAUAAUAAUAACUAG